AUGUCUAAGAGGCCUGCCGAGGACCUUCGGGCGGCGUCUGAGGACGCCGGCUCGCUCUCUGCUGGAUCCAAGGCGCGGUUCCAGAGGAAUGCCAUUAAGGACCCCGAGACGGGCGACCUGUACCUAGGGCCCGAUCAAUUCAUCGACGCCGUCGCGCCGGUGGAUGAAGACUACCACAAGGUGAAGCGGGAUCAGUAUAGUAUCCUGUUUCAUGUCGCCGACCGGAGAGGUACAGGCAAGGUGACCCUGAGUGACUGGACAGCCUUCGAGAAUGUCCUCUCGAAACCCGAUGCCGAGUACGAGAUUGCCUUCCGCCUCUUCGACAUCAACCGAACCGGAUCCGUCAACUACGCGGAUUUCAAGAAGCUCUACCAAAUGAACAAGGGCCCUGAGAGCAUCCCCUUCGACUGGAACUGCGAAUGGGCCAAGCUCUACACUGGUAUGAAGAAGACGCGCCAGGAAUUGGACUACAAUCAGUUUUCGCAGAUGCUUCGCGGUCUGCAAGGCGAGAGGAUCCGCCAAGCUUUCCAGCUGUUCGACAAGGACGGCGAUGGUUUCAUCGACCCCGAGCACUUCGAGCGCAUCAUUCUCGAGACUGCCAAGCACAAGCUUUCCGACCACGUCAUCCAGAACCUGGGCUCUCUGUGCAACAUCUCCAAGGGCAGCAAGAUUUCUUAUGCCAACGUUCGCGCCUUCCAGAACAUGAUCAAGGAGAUGGAUCUCGUCGAGCUCAUUGUGCGAAAGGCGUGUGCCAAGAGCGCAGACGGCAAGAUCACACGUACCGAAUUCCUUAACCAGGCGGCCAAGAUCACCCGUUUCUCCCUCUUCACCCCCAUGGAGGCCGAUAUCCUCUUCCACUUUGCCAGCCUUAACGAGCCUUCGGGAAGGCUUGGCCUCACCGACUUUGCCAAGGUGCUUGAUCCCUCGUGGCGACACUAUGAAUCGGAUGAGUCGAUCCAUAAGCCGCAGCCUAAGAGGAGCUCGAUUCUCCAUUCUAUCCUGUCGUCGACCUACAGUUUCGCAUUGGGAAGUGUUGCUGGUGCCUUUGGUGCUUUCAUGGUUUAUCCCAUCGAUCUCGUAAAGACGCGCAUGCAGAACCAGCGAGGCGCCAUUCCGGGACAGCGGCUCUAUAACAACUCGCUCGACUGUUUCCAGAAGGUUAUCCGUAACGAAGGUGUCCUCGGAUUGUACUCUGGUGUUCUUCCUCAGCUCGUCGGCGUGGCCCCCGAGAAGGCCAUCAAGCUUACCGUGAAUGACUUGGUUCGAGGCUGGUUUACCCGCAGCGACGGUAAUAUCUGGUGGAUGCAUGAAGUGAUUGCCGGUGGCGCCGCCGGUGGUUGUCAAGUCUCUCUCGGCGAGUGGUUGCUGUUCGUUCCUGAGGUCGACCCUGCCAAUCGGGUUUUCACCAACCCCCUCGAGAUUGUCAAGAUUCGCCUUCAAGUCCAAGGAGAGAUGUCCAAGGCCGUCGAUGGCCCACCCAAGCGGUCCGCCAUGUGGAUCGUUAAGAACCUGGGGCUUAAGGGGCUCUACAAGGGUGCGUCGGCCUGUCUCCUCCGAGAUGUGCCUUUUUCGGCCAUCUACUUCCCCGCAUACAACCACUUGAAGAAGGAUCUCUUCGGCGAGUCCCCGACCAAGAAGCUUGGCGUUCUCGAACUCCUCACAUCUGGCGCGAUCGCCGGUAUGCCUGCGGCGUACUUGACGACGCCCUGCGACGUCAUCAAGACUCGACUCCAGGUCGAGGCUCGUAAGGGCGAAAGCCAUUACCACGGUCUGCGUCACUGCGCCUCGACCAUCCUGAAGGAAGAAGGUUUCAAGGCUUUCUUCAAGGGUGGCCCGGCUCGUAUCCUCCGAUCGUCUCCUCAGUUCGGUUUCACUCUCGCGGCGUAUGAAGUUCUUCAGAACGCGUUCCCCAUGCCCGGACAAGCCAAGGAGGUCCAGUCCAUCAGCACCGCCGCGUCGACGCUCAAGGAGAAGUUCGAUCCUACACCAUUCGGCAGGAGCCGAAAUGCGCUGAAGAUCAUUCUCGACUUGGAUGAAGAUUUCGGAAAGCUCAAGUUCCCCAACCAAGGCUCCUGGACAGCUCUACCUAGGUCAUUGGGAGGUCGCUCUUAA